UCCUGGCUAUCGCGAAGAAUGCUUGGCGCAGCGGGGGGAUGCCUCGCCACAGCACAAUGGUGGCCUCCUCCAGCGGGGAAACUGUCAAAUUAUUGCGCAGCCCAGGCCACUGGAGCUGCUGAUUCUCAUUUCGCAGAGCAGGACGCAGCAGCUACUGCGAUUAAGAUCCGUGUCGACAAUCUACGCAGGCUGGCGUCGAAUGGCGCGACGCUACUGUCUGGGAUCAAUCUGGAAAUCAAAGCUGGAACAAUUCAUGGCCUCAUUGGCCCUUCUGGAAGUGGCAAAUCGACAGUGUUGCGAGCAUUGAAUCGGCUAUGGGAGCCUCCUGCUCGAGCGAUUUUCUUGGAUGGAGCGGACAUCACACAGCUCGAAGUUAUAGGACUGAGACGUCGAGUUGGAAUGGUGUUCCAGGCUGCGUGCUUGUUCCCUGGUAAGAUCGUCACUUUUCUCUUCUUCUCUCCAAUCAUUCCUUUUAUCUUUCUUCUUUUUGGUUUCGUAGGAAGCGUCGCUGACAAUGUGAGAUAUGGCCCGCUUCUUCGAGGAGUCCAUCUCUCUGACGAAAGAAUCGAGGAGCUUCUCGUGCGAGCGGGCAUCGCUGAUCCAAGCAAAAGGUUUGCAUCAAAGUCCGAGAAGGAGCUCUCUGGUGGCGAGGCUCAGCGUGUCUCGCUAGCUCGGACUCUGGCAAACGAGCCCGAGGUUCUACUGCUAGACGAGCCAACCAGUGCUUUAGAUCCACUCUCGACCAAUCUCGUGGAGAAAACCGUGAUGGAGCUCCGGAGGGAUGGUAUGACCGUGGUUUUAGUCUCUCACAACAUGCAGCAGAUAGAGCGCAUUGUUGACGUUGCCACUUUUCUCUGUGAUGGAUCUGUGGUGGACACGGGAACUCUGGAGCAACUUAAGCAGCUCCGUGUUCCAGUGCUCCAGCAGUUUUUCUCGAUCAGUUCAAUCUAGUAGUUUCUUUAUUGCC